AUGACUGAGAACUAUGAGAGACCUAAAAAAUAUGUAGCUGGUCCUAAUGAUCCGGCAUUGCCACCUCAACUCUCAGAUUUUCAAGGCAAAACAACUGAUGAGGUGUUGGAAGAACUGAAUAGAAUGCCAUUUUUCAUGACCAAGCUAGAUGAUUCUGAUGGUGCAGGUGGUGAAAAUAUUGAGCUGGAAGCAUUAAAAGCAUUGGCAUAUGAGGGCGAACCUCAUGAAAUAGCAGAAAACUUUAAAAAGCAAGGCAAUGCAUUAUAUAAGCACAAAAAAUACAAAGAUGCCCGUGGGCUCUAUACAAAGGGUAUUGAGAUUGAAUGCGGUAACAGUAACAUCAACGAGUCUCUAUUUGCUAAUCGUGCUGCAUGCGAGCUGGAAAUCAGAAACUACGGACGCUGUUUGACUGAUUGCAAAGCAGCUUUACAAUUUAAUCCAAAGAACUUGAAGUGUUAUUAUCGAAUGGGGAGAGCUUUCAUUGCAUUGAAGAAAUUAAGGGAGGCUGAAGGUGUCGUUGGGUUUGGUUUGACCUUUGAUCCCGAGAACAAAUCUCUGCUGUCAUUGCAGGAAGUCAUAAGUAAGAAAGAGCAUGAGAUAAAGGAAGCAGAGGAGAAAAAACAAGAAGAAAUCAAGAGAGGGGAGAAUUUAAAAAUAAUCCUUGAUAAUGCAGUUAAAUUAAGAAAUAUUGAAAUAGUAAAUACGAAGGAACCAGCUGAAUUGGUGCGAGAGACUAAGUUUAGAUUGGAAGAUCCAAUGGAUUUCGAAUCUCAAUUGAUAUUUCCGGCAUUGGUAUUAUAUCCUACUACAGACGAAUUUGACUUUGUUGGUGAAGUUAGUGAAUUGACGUCCAUAUCUGAGCUUCUUCAGUUGGUCAUGGAGAGACCUGCCAACUGGUUUGAGUUACAAGGGCAUGAGGAUUUUUCUGUAAAGAAGCUAGUUGCAUACAUGGAGGUAAAAGAUGGCGGUCUUGUGAAAAUCGGUAAAAAGGUCAUCAUUCAUGAUUUGCUUAAAAUGGAAAAACCUAAUGUGCCGCUAUUUGAUAAUGCUUUAAAAAUUUACUUCGUUCCUAAAAGCGAAAGUGAGAAGUGGUUGAGCAAUUGGAGCAAGCAAAAGGCACUGGAUAGAAGGAUCUCAAAUAUUUCAGGUAGUUCUAGCCUAUAA